UUACCCCCGGGGGCAAAUCCAGCUCCUACCCUCCCUGAUACACACCGCACCCCACCUGAUCACCCGCGUGCGUUAGUGCAACAGUGUCCCGCGCGCUCUGGGCGCGUGCAGGUGUGUGCUGCCGUGUGCUGUUUGCAGGUGCAGGCUCGUGCGCCCCCCGCGUGCUCGGCGUGUGCGCGCGCGCAGAGAGACCCAAGCAGGCUCCGGGAGACGCGCGCGCAGAGACCUGUAUAUAAAUAUAUAACACAUUACUGGGGUAUAAUCCAGACUGGGGUGCGUGCACGCGCGUGCGCUCACGUUCCGGAGGUGCAGAGGAAGAUGUCAGUCACGUUCUCGUCCACGCGCCCGAGGGGCAAAGGAGAGGUGACCCAGCAGACCAUCCAGAAGAUGCUGGAUGAAAAUCAUCAUCUGAUCCAGUGCAUCAUGGACUAUCAGAGCAAAGGGAAAACCGCAGAGUGCACACAGUAUCAGCAGAUUUUGCACAGAAACCUUGUGUAUCUGGCCACAAUAGCAGACUCCAAUCAGAACAUGCAGUCCCUCUUACCUGCACCUCCGAACGCCGGUAUGAAUUUGGGUCCGGGUGGGAUCGGUCCGAGCGGAGGGCAGUCGCUGCACUCUCAGAGUAACCUGAAUGACAGUAUGGGCUCAGGCAUGCCCCCUACCUCACUAAUGCAGAGCCAACUCAGCAACGGCCCCAGCCACGCCCCCAUGCAGCAGCAGUCCGGCCCCGGGCCCUCCACCUCUAUGAGCCUGCCCUCCAGCGGCCAUGGCUCUGGGCCUGGCUACACCCACAAUGUUCCCUCCUCUCAGGGCACCUCCACGCUCCCGGGGCAGGGGGGCUACCCGCCUUCCACCCGCACCAACCUCAACAUGCAGUCCAACCAAGUCUCUAUGAUGCAUCAGCAAGGUGCAGGACCCCACUACUCCUCGUCUCAGGCCGGGGGACAGCAGCACUACCAGGGUCAGCAGUCUAUGGGUAUGAUGAGUCAGGGGAGCCAGAGCAACAGCAUGAUGCCGCAGAGACCCAUCGGAACCUACCGUCCCUCCCAGCAAGGAUCUGCCCCGCAGUUCAUGGGCCAAGAGGAGUUCUACGGAGAGCAGUACGGACACACUGCCAGCUCCAGCGAGCCCUUAAACCAGCAGUAUUACCCCGAUGGUCACGGAGAGUACCCCUAUCAGCAGUCUUCGUACGGAGAGCAGGGCUACGACAGGUCGUUUGAAGAGUCCUCUCAACACUAUUACGAAGGUGGAAACCCUCAGUACAGCCAGCAGCAGCCGCAGUACCAGCAGGGCUCAGGACAGCAGCAGACCUUCAGUCAGCAGCAGUACCCCUCCCAGCCGGGGUACAGCGGCCAACCCCAGGGCUACGGUCCAGGUCAGGGAGCUCCCUCUCAGUACUCUCAGUAUCAGCAGGGUCAGGGGCAGCAGUAUUCCUCAUAUCGCUCUACACAGUCUGGACCUGGGGGUCAGCCGCAGAGACCCUACAGCUACGAACAGGGUCAGUAUGGAAACUACCAGCAAUAAGGACCGGUGGCUGCAAUGCUGGGGACAGGACAGGACGGGGUACACGGGACAGUGUCCUGCUGACCCGCGAGAAACCGGGUCCUGUAAACCCAAUCCAGAAUACCGUCUAGUGCAGACUGACCCGUUAAAUACCGUUAAAUACCCUCUCUGCUUUAUUUCACCUACCUCCUUUUAUUUCUCAGAGGACUUUAACACUAGUACCGCUAAGCUAAGCUAAGCAAAGCUAAGCUAAGCUAAAUAAUAAACCCUGAUAAAUCUGUGCAUAUUUUCAUAUUUAGUGUGUCAACUGUGAUUAUUUAUAGUGGAGAAAAUAAGACGAGUCUAUUAUUAAUCUACCUGGUGUCUUUCAGCUUAAGCCACGAGAUCUUUCCUUUUUAUAUAUAGAGAGAGUUUUUAUUUAUUUUUAUUGUUUUUUUAUUAUUUUUUGGUAGCCGCUAUCACGCCCAUAUAAGGAAAUAAAGUUUUAAGGCUGUGUUCCAUUAGAACUUGGGUAAAGCAGUAGUAUUAUACAGUUUAUUAUUAUUACUUCUAUAUAUUAGAAAUGAGAGUCUCAUUAAACCAGUCCUACACAUAGUACUGUGCAGUUUCUAUCUGUGCACAUGCUUUCAUUAUGUUUGGAUGUGCAAAAUAGUGUAUAAUGCUAUCCCUGCUAAGAAUGCUAAGCUGGGACAUCGCUAACAAUGCUAACCUGUGGAUACUGGGACAUUUUUUGGUUGGUUGUUGUAUUAAAUGCUGGUAAAUAAUCUAUUUUAAACCUGUUGUAGGAAAUUCCAAAAGCCCAAUUUAUAGUUCUGCAUUGAGUCUGUGCGAGCGCCCUACGCAGCUGCCCACGUCUAUAAUUCUGCAUUGAGACAAUGUGUUGCCUAUGCCGCAGCCUGAGAGCGUGACCUAUACAGCUGCAUGUGUUUAUAGUUCUGCAUCAAGUCAAUGCAUUGUCUACAGCAUAGCCUGUGUAGCUGCCCUUACUUUAAUACUUCUGCAUCGAGUCAACACGUUGCCUAUGGUGCAGCCUGUGCGAGCACCCUAUGCAGCUGCCCACACCUAUACCUCUGCAUCGAGUCAACGCAUUGCCUAUGUCAUAUCCUGUGCAGGCAUCCUACACAGCUGCCCGUGUUUAUACUUCUGCAUUAAGUCAAAGCAUUGCCUACGUUGCAGCCUGUGCGAGCGCCCUAUGCAGCUGCCUAUGUUUAUAUUUCUGCAUUAAGUCAAUGCAUUGCCUACAUCGUAGCCUGUGCGAGCACCCUAUGCAGCUGCCCACAUUUAUGCUUCUGCAUCGAGUCAAAGCGUUGCCUAUGUUAUAGACUGUGCAAGCGCCCUACGCAGCUGCCCGUGUUUAUACUACUGCAUCGAGUCAAUGCAUUCCCUACAGCGUAGCCUGUGCCAGCGCCCUACGCAGAUAGAUUUCGCUUAAAUUUAACAUUUAAACUACAACUUUCGCUCCUUCAAAACGGCCUUCUGAUGUUUUGAUGACAUCACUAUGCAGAAUAAUAUUAACAAAUACAAAUAUUAUCAUGCUUUCUUUAAUUUACGUUCCAACAUUUGGGUAAUAAACUCGUAAUCCAGGCGAUCCAGAGACACUUCAUGAGAAAAGAACAUUUGUGAAUGUUAAUUAACCACAGGAUGAGACCCAGAGACUCUUAUUUUGGCGUGAUGCCGGCUACAAAACUACAACACGACCUCAGAUUUAACCAGAGCUCUAUAAGGCCGUUUGAGCGUAGACUGUUUUUUUUAUUAUAUUAUUUUUAUUUAUUAAUUUAUUUAGAUAUUAUUUUUGUUAGUAAACAGCCACAUCCUGCUCAUUUCUGUUGAAGUAUGUUGAGUUAUUAUUAUUAUUAUCAAAUUCUUAUCGAAUACAGACAGAUUUAACAAUUCUAUAAUAGUUUGGUAUGCUAAUAUUUGUAUCUUCUCUAUUUUUCAGCAUAAAAGUCCCCCUCGUGUAAUAUCCCACCGUUACUAUCUGUGCAUAAACUGAAAAGCUGUGGACGCUGAGAUACAUUACUAUAAUUACUGCUUUAAUUACUGCAUUACUCACUUAUAUAAAUGUGCUUUAUAUGUGUACUCGCGUGUCUGCACUGAUAACGUCUUCUGCAUUAUUCAUAUUUUAUAUAAAAUACAAUAAAAGUAUCCUCUUACUGUUAAUUAGCAUAGCGUAUAGCGGUCAGGCGAGAGAACGUUUCUCAUUUUCUGUACAGAAACUCUUUUAUUAUAUUUUUAUUUUAUAAUUUCAGAGUACGCAGUAUGUAUUUAUUUUGCACUUUAUUUGUAUUUUAUUAAAUAAAUGAAUAAAUGUAUUAAUGAAUGGAUUUUUUUCCCCUAAAAUAGACAGUGUCAUACUACUUAGCGUGAACUCAAAUUACAUGCUUUUAUUUUUGCACAUAUCUUUUUUUAUUUAUUAAACCUAUACCAUAUUUUUUACGUUGCUUUUGCAUUUUUGCAUUUUUUUAUAAUUAAAAAAAGAAAAUUUUUAUUUUUUACUUUUUUUAUUUGCUCCCUAAAUUUUGCUAGAUUUAAAGGAGAUUAAACUUAAUCUUUAGAUCCAAUUAUCUGAUUAUAGCCAAAGCUUACGACCUGUAUGUUUCAUAUUCUGUGUUUAUAUUUUGUACAUAUUUUAAAUCAGUGUUUAAGUUGCGUUUAUGAAUGUACGCGUUUCUAACAGGGUGUCGUCUGAGUUUCGUGAUCAGAUUUACUGUUUUACUGUAGUUAAAUCAGAAUUCAGAUUACAAUUUUAGAAUUCAGGCCUUAUUAUAAUCUGAAAUUGUUGUACCAAUCUAAUUAGAAUAAAAUUAGGAAUAAUUUUAAUAUUGUAGGCUAGAUUUUGUAUUAUUUCUAUAGACUGUACUAAAAACGAUUAAAAUUAGAAUUAAAAGACUGCUAUUAUUAUUAUAAUAUCAGCUUUAUCACCUCAUGCAGCUAAUCCAUAACUAACUGCAGUUCACUGUUUAUCAUUUCUCUGAAUUUCUUUGAAUUGUUGAUUGUUUUGGGUCUGUUUUGUUUGUUUGUCUUUUUUUCAUGUGAUUUGUUUAUUAACUGGAUAAACAUUGAGUGAUAUACUGAUACUAAAAUCUAUUAACCAUGAAGAAUUCACAUUUUUGUCCAAACUGAAGUGAAUUAAAAUGAAUAUUACUUUUGUGACUGAAAUGUUCUCUGUACGUUUUACAUUUUUGUUAAUGUUUAAUAGAAAACCUAAUAAAAAGUUGAAAUUA